ACCUUCAUCUUCACAGAUGGGGAGGAUGAGGAGCUGAAGAAGCAAGCACGAAAUGUCAUCAACACCAACUGCUCGGCUGCCCACAGCCGCCAGGCCCUGUCCUGCAAGAUGGCCGUGGAGUACGACAAGUUCAUCGAGUCUGGCAGAAAGUGGUUCUGCCACGUGGACGAUGACAACUAUGUGAAUGUUCGGACACUGGUGAAGCUGCUCUCCAGCUACCCCCACACGCAGGACAUCUACAUUGGGAAGCCCAGUCUGGACCGGCCCAUCCAGGCCACGGAGAGGAUCAGCGAGAACAAGAUGCACCCUGUGCAUUUCUGGUUUGCCACGGGCGGAGCAGGGUUUUGUAUCAGCCGGGGGCUGGCGCUGAAGAUGAGCCCGUGGGCCAGCGGGGGCCACUUCAUGAGCACCGCAGAGAAGAUCCGCCUGCCUGACGACUGCACCAUCGGCUACAUCAUCGAGUCUGUGCUGGGGGUGAAGCUCAUCCGGAGCAACCUCUUCCACUCACACCUGGAGAACCUCCACCAGGUGCCCAAGACGGAGAUCCACAAACAGGUGACGCUAAGCUACGGCAUGUUCGAGAACAAGCGCAACUCCAUCCACAUGAAGGGAGCCUUCUCCGUCGAGGAGGACCCAUCCAGGUUUCGCUCCGUGCACUGCCUGCUGUACCCCGACACGCCAUGGUGCCCUGCCAAUGUGGUUUACUAGGAGGCGUGUCCCCUCCAACCUCGUCCCGAGUUUCCCCGGUAUCCGACGGGUGUGCGGGACCUGCGUGCGGGUGUGUCAGUCUGGCCUCGCCGCGAGGCGGACGGACGGACGUCGUUGCUGUGGUAUUGCACAGUGUGUGUACUGAAGGCUGCUGUGCGGCCCCUUGUCUCCUUGUCCCCUGCCCCGCUGCCCGUGCC